AUGGCCGGCGGCGGUGGCGGCAGCGGAUGGGCUGAUCUUCCUGUGGAUCUCUUCUCUCUCAUCUUCUCCAAACUCUCCCUUCCUCAACUGCUUCGCUCCGCCGCCGUCUGCGUCUCGUGGUCGGCCACCGCCCACGAGGUGAUCAUGCAUAGCAGAGGCUUCCAGUUCAAGGGGCAGGGCCCCUGGCUCAUGUUGGGGGGCAGCUCUGACGGGGACUCCUCCGCCGCCACCUUCUACACCCUCGACGAGGGAAGGGAGUACACCAUCCCCCUCCCGGACCCUUCCAUAAGCCGCCGGUUCCUUAUCGGCUCCGGUCACGGUUGGGUCAUCACAUACGACACGAGCUUGGGGCUGCUCCGACUACUAAACCCGAUCACCGGCUCGCAAAUAGACCUCCCCUCCGUCAUCUCCAAUCCCCUCGACCUCAUCCACGACAACGAUGAGCGCUCCAAUAUCCGAACACGUCGACAAUUUUCAUUCACUAAAUCGGUGAUAGGUACUCCUCCCUACAAAGCAAUCCUAUCCGCCGAUCCCUCGCUCGGAGACAACUACACCGUCGCGUUCGUCCACUAUUUUCUUCCCGGCAUCUUUUUCAACCGCUCCGGCCACGAGAGUUGGUUCUGGUUAAAUGACUCCAGUCAAAUUCAGGACAUUAUCUUCCACAAAGGCAAACUGUACGCGACCACGACCUCAGGAUCCGUUCAAGUUUGCGUCAUCGACGACGCCCAACUUCGACGCGGCGAACUGCCUACAUUUACACCGAUCGUUCCGGCUAAUCGUGAUCGUUGCCACUUUGACUACUUGGCUGAGACUCCCCGAGGAGAUCUCUUGAACAUUCGGAGGAAGAGGGGCAUACAUCGCGCCACUAUCUUUGUCGAGGUUUACAGGUUACAACUGGAGGAGGAGAUUCUAAGUAGAAGAAUAGAACCAGUGAAGGACUUGGGAGAGUUGAUCAUCUUCUUGGGCAGCAACCAUCCGCUUUGCCUCUCUGCAUGCGAUUUACCACACUUGGCGCCUAAUUCUAUAUAUUUUAUCGACGAUCUGAGACUCUUUAACCGUCAACGAAGGAGCAUGAGCAUCAAAGAACAAAGUAUAUCGGGAGAAUGUCAGAGUUGCCCUCCUAUCCCCGUUGACGUCGGCAUCUACAAUAUGACCAAUCACACAUUCACAAGUAUCUUACCGGGCGAUCUUCGAUUGAACCGGCAACCUCCUGUUUGGUUCAAACUGGAUUAA